UUUCAACACGGCGACCGAGUGGGUUGCAGACACCAACAUGCAGAUCUUUGUGAAGACCUUGAUGGGCAAGACCAUCACUCUUGAGGUCAAGCCCAGUGACACCAUCGAGAAUGUCAAGGCCAAGAUCCAAGACAAGGAAGGCAUCCCACCUGACCAGCAGAGGCUGAUAUUUGCCAGCAAGCAGCUGGAGGAUGGCCGGACCCUGUCAGAUUACAACAUCCAGAAAGAGUCCACUUUGCACCUGGUGCUUUGUCUGCGUGGUGGCAUCAUCAAGCCGUCCCUUUGUCAGCUUGCCCAGAAGUACAACUGUGACAAGAUGAUCUGCCGCAAGUGCUAUGCACGCCUGCACCCCCGUGCAGUCAACUGCCGCAAGAAGAAGUGCGGCCACACCAACAACCUGCGCCCCAAGAAGAAGGUCAAAUAAAGCCAGGGCAUUAACUGGCCCGUGACCCUGGGACCAAAUAAAGUCCCCUUCCAUCGA